AUGCACUUGAACAAACAUUGUAUCAGCGCCAACGAGGAGAUUACUGGAAGGUAUUGGCACAGCUGAUACUCCACCCCUGUCAACAUUAACCUUUAUCUGUCUUCCUAAUUUCUGGUAAAUCCUAUAAUGUGGACUUCAGCCUGUAGCUAGGCGCAAGGGAUAAUAUUCGGAAGGUGUUCAGGAGAGGAGAUCCAUUGCAGAUGAUGGUGGGAUCAGAGAGAAGUAGAUGAAAGUCUAGACACACAGAUACACCACUUGCCAGAACAAGGUGCACCGCUGUCAAAGAAGGAAUAAAGACACUAUUGAAACACACAAAGACAAGACAAGAUGGGUGCUGUCAUCACAAGGUUGAAGGAGGUGCGUAAAAAAGAAAGGAAGCCCAAAAGCAAAAAGAAAAAGAAGGGAAGAGUUAUAGUGGGAAAGAAAGGAAGCAUGACCUCACGAAAGACUGGGAGGGCUAGCACAAAGCGCCGAAGGAGCAAUGGAGCUCAACGUGGUCAGAACCAACAGAGAAAACCUCCGACUGAAGUGUCAACAAACACAGACACCGAUAAAACAUCACAUAUAUCUAUGGAGAUAGAUGACAAUGCGCAAGCUGCACAUUUGGGAGGCACACAAGCUACUGAUACACAAAGAAGCAAACAAAGAAGCACCAGGAGAAGGAAGAGCGGCACAAAGCGUAGCCAGAAAGGGAAAGGGUUUGCCGUAGAGAGAAGGCCACUCAAUGACAUUUUCCCGAAACGUGGGGAAGACACGACGGACGGCGGUAAAAUCGGUGAUAACGACAUUCAACGUGGCGGCAAACUCCGAGCCUCACAGAGAAGUGCCAGGGGGAGCCUCAGGAGGCGGAAGAGCAGCAGGAAGCUCAAAAAGCACCUGUUCCCAAGCCCAGCCGUCUUCAGCCAGAUUGAUGCCCAUGCCAUCAAGGCCGGAGAGGAGCUGAGGAGAAAGAGGAUCUUCUCUGUGAAGGCCAUCACUCAAGCCAUCACUGUGGGUGCAGCGACAGACCUGCAAAAGUUAAGGGCUAUCUGGAUCUGGCUGUGCCACAACAUUGAAUAUGAUGUAAGCGGAUACUUGGGGAUGACUGAGAAGAUCACCUCACCUCAGCGGGUCAUCGAGACUGGCCGAGGCAUCUGUUGUGGAUACUCAAGGUUGUGCAUGCAAAUGUGCAGUGAGGUUGGGAUCGAGUGCCAGGAGGUGAGUGGUCACAGCAAAGGUGCCAGCUACCGGCCUGGUCUUCAUGCCGAACCCACCAAGUCUGACCACGCUUGGAACGCCGUGCGUAUCCAGGGUCACUGGUACCUGCUGGACUCAUGCUGGGGAGCAGGAAAUGUGGACUUCACCAAAAGAGUCUUCAACAAAUGCUACAAUGAGUUCUACUUCCUGCCGGACCCAGAUAUGUUCAUUAGUGACCACUUCCCAGAUGACGUGGAGUGGCAACUUCUCAGGCAGCCUAUCUCGCUGGAGGAGUUCCGGAAAAGGGUCCUAAAAACUUCCCGAUUUUUCCAGCUGGGACUGACACUUCACCAUCCCACACACUUCCUGCUGGUCACAGAGAAUGGUGAGGCCACUGUUUCCAUGACUUUCCCAGAGCCUCUGGAGUUCUCCUACCGGAUCUGUCAGCGCAGUGGCAAUAUACAGAGAGAGUUGAGCACCUCUGCCGCUCUCCUCACUGUCACCACCACUCACAUGAAGAUGCGACUUCGACCCCCGACCCAGGGGUCGUUCGACGUGACUGUGUUUGCUCGAACAGCAAAAACGUCUGGUGAACUCCCAGAGGUCUGCAACUUCCUGCUGGAAUGUCCCAAGCCUUCGCCUUUAGACAGCUUCCCCGAGAACCCAUCCAAGUCCUGGGGCCUGGAUCAGAACGCAAAGAACAUGGGGCUCAAACCAUGCCAAUAUCAGGCCGAGAUCAUGCUGGAGUCUGCCACUUUUGAGAUGGUGCUCCAAACCAGCCGGCCUCUGAUGAUGCUGUGCACACUUUCCCACAAAGACCUGGAUGAAGCGCUGGCCAAGAGAUGCGUGGCCACACAAAGUGAACCUGACCAGCUCAACUGCCACAUUCUCUGCCCUUAUGUGGGCUAUUAUCGGCUGGUAGUGUUUGUAAAGGAUAAUGACAGCACUAGUAACUCAUACAGUCCUGUUGGUACGUUCCUACUGCAUUGUACGAGCAGUGCCGUCAUUAACAUCAAUAAACUCUUCCCACCAGGUCUGAGCAAUAACUGUGGGCCCGGCAAUGAAACGCUUAAAGCCGGUCUUACUGAUUUCAGCCACACCAGAGCCAUAAUAAACACUCAGCGGGGGCAAUGUAGUAUCACCUUUCGCAAUCAGCGGAGUAUGAAACUCCAAGCUAAUCUGUCAAGACAGGAACGUCAGCAAUCCAAGAACCCCCUGUCUCGCUACGUGCUCCUCUCCUGUGAUGGGAAGGACGUCACGGUCAGUGUAGCUCUGCCAGGGGCAGGGAUCUACUGUCUUAGCCUGUUCGGUGGGCCUGCGACCUCUACCUCCUUAUCCCACAUAUGCGACUACGUGCUGCGCAACGACUGGGACGGCACCCUGCCUCCGUUCCCCCUCAGCUAUUCGAUCUGGAAUGACUGUGGUUGUGUUCUCUUCGAGCCACGCACGGGCCAUUUGGAGCCCAUGUCCAUGGUGCGUUUCUGCGUGAAAGUCCCCAGGGCGAUAAAAGUGAACGUCAUCGGACAGGACCACACGGAGCUGCGCCUCAACCAGAGGAGCCAGAUGUGGGAGGGGGAGGUGCACACCAGCACUGUCCCCCAGCUCCAACUCGCCGCCAGCUUCCCAGAGGGAGUGCCCGGAGAGUUGAACAUCCUGCUGUGCUUUGACGUCCUCAGGACACCGAAUACAAUGAGAUGAGAAGUCUGAGGACUCACUGCCUGUUAAUCUGUUAAUUACCCAAAUGAUCAAGGCACUGUUAUGCUUAAUUUCUCAUGCGUCACUGUACAUUGGUAUCACCUUUCAUCAUGUAUGGCUAUCACCAUCUUAAUAAUUAGGCAAUUUGUUUUUAACUUGGCCUUGCGAUUCUCUUACAUGUGAUAAAACACAUCAUAGUAUUAAACUGAUUAUUUCAGUAUGGCUUGUUGCACAUCUCUCAUGCCUUUGCAAUACAUUCUGACACACAUUAUUUCCCAGGUCUCCAUCUCCACACCUGGGCACCUCUUACAUGUGAUAAAGCACAUCAUAAACUCAUCAUUUCAAAAUGGCUUAUCACACAUCUCUAAUACAUUUGCAGUGCAUUGAGCCACACAUCAUUUUCAUCAUCAUGAGCAGGACCGAACACCCUAUCUAUCUCCAUACCAGGGCCCUCGUGCUGCCUCUUUACACACUUUCCGUCUCGACUUCCAUUAACCAGCGAUGUACACUCACUGUUAUCUGCUGCCGCUCACUCUGCCCACUCUGUUGGAGGGGUGAGCGAUGUGAAGCCAGGCCACGGGGGGCUAUUAUAUAUCGUAUCCCACGGGGCAUAUGUGGCAUGUUCAGCUGGGUUAGCACUCGCUCUCUGUGUACCUGUCCGCUCAUGCAUGUCAAAGACUGUGCAAGACCCUCACACCCUCUCGAACAUACCACCUCUGCUAUUUAUACCUCACAGAGAAUGGCAAACAUUUGCCCAGCAGAUUUCAGGGGCUGAGGUUAACCUCAUGGACUGCAGUGGGCGAAUAUAAACUGUGACUAGGUACUGUAAUGUAUUGUAAUGUUUUAAUUGUUAUGUUAUAUAUACAUGUAGAUGGCAAUAUGUUAGUAUGAGCUCAUGUACAGUAUGUCUCGCAAAUGCCCUUUGCCACAGCAUGUCUCACAGUUGUCAGAUAUCACCUUGCAUUAAAGGAUUGGCAAAUGAAUGCAAAAGCUGUGGUAGAGGGAAAGUCAGAUAAGUAAAGGCCAAUAUCUGCCAUUCAAAUUAUUAGUGAGUAUUAAGUAAUGAAAGACCAUCACUUGGACUUUGCAUAGUGAUUUUAUAAUUAAUGUGAUGAUCAUACUCCGCAAAAUAUGUUAACAUAUGUCACGUUUAAAUGCAUUGCAAAAAAGCAUGAAUAUCAUGCUGAAAUGAAAAAUAAAUGAAUGUUGAAGCUUUA